AUGCCCAAUCCGUCUGAAAGCGAGCAGCAAGCGACCCACGGUCUCUUGCAACACUACGACAACAACGAAGGCAGACAAGAGGGAGAGCUAACCUUGCUAUCACCUAAAAAGGUUGUUGUGCCCGAACUUUGGAAGAUCAGAGGGCAACUUCAGUCCAGAAAUGCGGAAGCGGCUGCCACAGCGAAGAACAACACGACACGGACAUCUCAGGGCAGCGAGCAAGAUUUAGAUGCUCCAUUUGCUCAUGAGGAGUCAGAAGAGAGUGGCUUGGAGUUUGCUGACUCAGGAUCUGAGAGCAAUGAAGAAGACGAUUUUGAAGAAGAUAUUGACUUGAGUUCUGAGAAACCCCAGUGGGUCAAGUCCCAAAAGAUUGCUCGCUCUAGCGAUGCUUCUGAAGGCUCAGACGAAGAUGAUAGCAACAGCGACAACAACAUGAAGAUCAUCAAGCCAAGGCGUUGUCAGGCUUUGUCAACAUCUGCUACUAUUCCCUCUCAAUCGCCAACACCGUCUAGCAAUGGCAACAACCUGGUCGAUGCCUCAGACAUUGACGAACCUGCGAAGCCGAAGAAGAUGCCUGCAAAGCGGAAAGACCAGUCAAAUGCCAGCAAGGCGCCUUCUAAGAAGCCUCGCACAAUGACCAAGCGCGAAGAGAAGCAAGUGCGCAGGCGCGAAGAAGAGCGUCCGCAGUGGAAGAAGACCACGACAACAACAGUGACAACCAUGUCGGAUAGUGUCAAGCUGAUCAAAGACGUUGCCAACCAGCACAUUGGCCCAUGCUCGACAGAGAACCUUACCGCAUGGGAGUCUGACUACCAUUUGGAAACUUGA